UUCUAUAGAUUUGAGAAUAUACAUGUUAUUUUCAGAAUUUUGGUUGUUGCUUUCGCUAAAUAUAUUAAAAUUUGCGAUAUGAUGACUCUUCAUGAACAGUAUGGUUUAUAUAAUUGUCAGAUCCGUGAUGGUAUUCCUGUUCCAUUUGCUGUAUCUGAUAUUCUUAUUGCAUAUGCUACUUCUAGUGUAAUUUCAGAUUUUGAUUAUCAUAUUCAUAUAAGCUUGAUGAAUUCCAGUAGUAUUUGUUUUUUAAAACUGGAUGGAUCGUUUGUAUUGGCACAUUUUGUAGCACAUACGGAAGCAGUUAGUUUCAUUGCAUUUGCAAAUGGUGGUAGGCUACUUUUAACUGCAGAUUUGAAUUGCUAUGGAUUUUCCACUUUUCUACUUCAUUCUUUUGCAGUUCGUCAUUUGUAUACUCUUCAACGUGGUACAACACCUGCAAAGACUCUUCAUUGUGCUUUUUCACUUGAUAAUCGUUGGGUAGCUGUCACGACUAAUCAUGGCACCACGCAUAUCUUUGCAAUUUGUCCAAAUGGUGGGCAGGCCACUUUGCGCACGCACCAUAGGUUUUCUAAAAGGCGAAGUUCAAAGUAUCUUAAUUUUGUUUAUUAUCCUUUUAUUUUACUAUUUGCAAUGACAUUCAUUUAUUUUUAUUGUAGGGAACAUCCAAGUUUGUCUCAGAUUCCAUUAGUUAGAGCAGUAAAGAAUCCUCGAAUUGGUCCUUUCCCCAAACCUCUUUCGCUUUAUGCAACUUGCAAACUUGGAGUUAGUUUCUUUCUUUAUAGAUUAUUUUUUCUUUAUUUUGAAUUAUUAUAA